AUGGAGAAGAUGUCCCGCGUGACCACGGCCCUCAGUGGGAGCGUGCUGACGGGCCGCACCAUGCACUGCCACCUGGAUGCUCCGGCCAACGCCAUCAGCGUGUGCCGUGACGCAGCCCAGGUGGUCGUAGCAGGCCGCAGCAUCUUCAAGAUCUAUGCCAUUGAGGAGGAGCAGUUUGUGGAGAAGCUGAACCUGCGCGUGGGCCGCAAGCCCUCCCUCAACCUGAGCUGUGCAGACGUUGUCUGGCACCAGAUGGACGAGAACCUGCUGGCCACAGCGGCCACCAAUGGCGUGGUGGUCACCUGGAACCUGGGCCGGCCGUCCCGCAACAAGCAGGACCAGCUGUUCACGGAGCACAAGCGCACGGUGAACAAAGUCUGCUUCCACCCGACUGAGGCCCACGUGCUGCUCAGCGGCUCCCAGGAUGGCUUCAUGAAGUGCUUUGACCUGCGCAGGAAGGACUCUGUCAGCACCUUCUCGGGCCAGUCUGAGAGUGUACGUGAUGUCCAGUUCAGCAUCCGGGACUACUUCACCUUCGCGUCCACCUUCGAGAAUGGCAACGUGCAGCUUUGGGACAUUCGGCGGCCUGACCGCUGUGAGCGAAUGUUCACAGCCCACAAUGGGCCUGUAUUCUGCUGCGACUGGCACCCCGAGGACAGGGGCUGGCUGGCCACAGGUGGGCGUGACAAGAUGGUGAAGGUCUGGGACAUGGCCACACACCGUGCGAAGGAGGUGCACUGCGUGCAGACCAUCGCCUCCGUAGCCAGAGUCAAGUGGAGGCCCGAGUGCCGCCACCACCUCGCCACAUGCUCCAUGAUGGUGGACCACAACGUCUACGUGUGGGACGUGCGCCGCCCCUUCGUGCCCGCCGCCAUGUUUGAGGAGCACCGGGACGUCACGACGGGCAUCGCCUGGCGCCACCCACAUGACCCCUCCUUCCUGCUUUCUGGCUCCAAGGACAGCACUCUGUGUCAGCACCUGUUCCGCGACGCCAGCCAGCCUGUUGAGCGAGCCAACCCUGAGGGCCUCUGCUAUGGCCUCUUUGGGGACCUGGCCUUCGCAGCCAAGGAGAGCCUCGUGGCCACUGAGUCGGGGCGCAAACCCUACGCUGGGGAUCGGCGCCACCCCAUCUUCUUCAAGCGCAAGCUGGACCCUGCCGAGCCCUUUGCAGGCCUUGCCUCCAGUGCCCUCAAUGUCUUUGAGAUAGAACCCGGCAGUGGCAGCAUGAGCUGGUUCGUGGACACGGCCGAGCGUUAUGCCCUGGCCGGCCGACCACUGGCUGAACUCUGUGACCACAAUGCGAAAGUGGCUCGAGAGCUUGGCCGCAACCAGGUGGCUCAGACGUGGACCAUGCUCCGGAUCAUCUACUGUAGUCCUGGCCUGGUGCCCACCACCAAUCUCAACCACAGUGUGGGCAAGGGCAGCUCCUGUGGCCUGCCCCUCAUGAACAGUUUCAACCUGAAGGAUAUGGCCCCAGGGCUGGGCAGUGAGACUCGGCUGGACCGCAGCAAGGGUGAUACACGGAGCGACACAGUGCUGCUGGACUCCUCAGCCACACUUAUAACCAACGAAGAUAAUGAGGAGACUGAGGGCAGUGAUGUGCCCACUGAUUACCUGCUGGGCGACGUGGAAGGUGAGGACGAUGAGCUUUACCUGUUGGAUCCGGAACACGCACACUCCGAGGAGCCCGAGUAUGUGCUGCCCCAGGAGGCCUUCCCUCUGCGCCACGAGAUUGUGGAUACCCCACCGGGGCCCGAGCACCUGCAAGACAAGGCCGACUCCCCCCACGUGAGCGGCAGUGAGGCCGAUGCAGCCUCCCUGGUGCCUGUGGACUCCUCCUUCUCGCUCAUCUCUGUCUCGCACGCGCUGUGUGACAGCCGCCUGCCGCCCGACUUCUUCAGUGCCCUGGUGUGUGACAUGCUGCGCUUCUAUGCCGAGCAGGGUGACGUGCAGAUGGCCGUGUCCGUGCUCAUUGUGCUGGGUGAGCGUGUGCGCAAGGACAUCGACGAACAGACCCAGGAGCACUGGUACACGUCCUACAUCGACCUGCUGCAGCGCUUCUGCCUCUGGAAUGUGUCCAACCAAGUGGUCAAGCUCAGCACCAGUCGCGCCAUCAGCUGCCUCAACCAGGCCUCCACCACCCUGCAUGUCAACUGCAGUCACUGCAAGCGGCCCAUGAGCAGCCGGGGCUGGGUGUGCGACCGCUGCCGCCGCUGCGCCAGCAUGUGCGCCGUCUGCCACCACGUGGUCAAGGGGCUCUUCGUGUGGUGCCAGGGCUGCAGCCACGGCGGCCACCUGCAGCACAUCAUGAAGUGGCUGGAGGGCAGCUCCCACUGCCCCGCCGGCUGCGGCCACCUGUGCGAGUACUCCUGA